AUGAAUGGAUGUUAUCAUUACCUACUGUUACUGAGCAUACUCAGUUGUUCAUUAGUGAAAACGAGUUCAAUCACUCUCCCAAAUGUAACGAUCCAACAUGUGUGCGAACAUGAUGUUCUAUUUCUCAAAUGUCCGAAAACCAAUGAAACGAUUCAAAUCGUUCGUUCGAUGUACGGACGAACGUCACAACGCAUCUGUAAUAAUGAUUUAACAAAUCAAGUUUUCUACAAAACAUGUGCAAAUAUUGAACAGUCAAAGCAUCAGAUUAAACUGCGAUGUCAGAGAAAAUCAAGUUGUCAAGUUCUCAUCGAUAAUUCCCUCUUCACCGAUCCAUGUGGUCCAACAAUCCCAAAACAUUUCGAAAUUCACUAUCGUUGUCUGAACUCGGAUGAAAUAUGUUUACAACUAUUUCAAAACUGUUCGAAAGCAAACGAUUUUACAUGCGUGGACAAAGUUCAAGAUGAAUACUCAUGUCGAUGUCCGUCGAACGUAUGCGAAUACAAUGCAGAUAAUCAACUGAUUGGUUUUACCGAAACGACAUGUCCUACAGAACACUUUCAGGGAAUUCAUUGGCCAAAAACACUUGUUAAUAAAGGCCAACAUAUGCCUUGUCCUUAUCCGUGUACUGGUCAAAUAUUUCGUUUUUGCGACCGUAAUAGUCAGUGGACAACGGCGAAUUAUACGAAUUGUCAAUGUCCAAUAAAAACUUUAUCUCAAUCAUCAAUGCAUCAUUUAGCUCAUGACUAUGUAUUUCAAUGUAAUUUCUGGUUAAUCAAUAGACUUUUGCCUAAGGACAAGCAAUGCAGUUUUAGAGCAGACGAGAAUGAUAAUGGAUCGUCUACUUGUCUAUUUCAUGCAUUUGACAACAUGUUAGCAACGUCCUGUUCGUCAUUUGGUUUCGAUUUUCAAAAUCUUGGCUUCGAAAUCUUCAUACCUGUACAUAAUCAAAGUCAAUUUCAUUUACCUACAAUGCACACCGAUCAAUUUGGUUUCAAUCAAAUCCUAAUUACUAAAAACGAAAAUUCAUAUCGAAAUCUACCGAUGAUGUUCAUCGACACGAAAAGUUUAAGUCCAUCAGUCAAAUCAGUGAUCUUAGUCGAACAACCGAUUAGUGCAAGUUCGAUUCAAACAGCUAAUGUGACAGUUAUAUUCAAUCAUCAAUCAUCGGAUUCCCGUUAUCAAUGUCGUGCAUACCGAUCCAGUAGUGCAUCAUUUCAAUUCGAUUCUUCCGAUAUGUUCUUUGCGUGUCAAUUACUAUGUUCAAAUGGUAGUCAUACAAUCUGUCAAUGCCCAUUUUAUAAUCCAUUUAUGCGUUAUGUAUUACAUCAGGAUGCAACAAUAUCUCGAGAUGAUUAUGAAUUAUCGAUGAUCGAAAAUGAUCUUCAAGACAAAUGUGCAUCUGUUGAUCAUCGAAAUAGAUCGAUGGGAGAGUCGUUGAACAAAGUCGAUUUCUAUUUAAAGAAAUUUCCAUCGUUCAAUCAAAAGAAAAAUUUCGCUAAAAAACUCCUUUCAUUUCUCGAUACACUCAUUGAUAAUGAAGAUGAAUGGGUCAGUGAUACAUGGAAUACGACCGUGCGAAUCAUUCACCAAAUUGAAUUUAUUGGUUUACAAUUACUUGAUCUGCCGAAUUCAUUUGUGUCAAUUAACAAUCAUAUUGAGUUAUUCGUAAACUCACAACAAUUAGAAAAUCUUGACCGAUCAGUGGUGAUUUCGGGUGAUGACAAAGGCAAUUCAACCUUGUUCGUGCUAUCAAAGUUGAAUUCGUAUCUAAACAGACGAGCGAUCAAUAAAUUGAAUAGUCAUCUGGUUGAUUUCAAUCGAAAUGAAAAACUCCGAAGAAAUAUUCAAAUAACAUUUCAACAUCUGGAUCUUUUGAACGAUUCCAACCAGAUAUCUACUUGCGUCGCUUUGAAACAGAUAGAAGACAAAGUUCAAUGGAGUACAGAUGGAUGCUAUUUACUAUCGUCGAAUCUGACUCAUUCGAUCUGUUCGUGUGAUCGUCUGUCCACAUUUGCAGUAUUGAAGAAUUUUCCAAUCAAUUCCAUCAAAUCAAUGGCAAGUGGACAUACAUAUCGUUUGUCAGUGAUCGCGAAAAUUGGAAAUAUAAUAUCCAUUGUCUGUUUGAUACUAACGAUUACUGCAUUGGGGAUGAAAUGUCGGAUGGAUGUAAAUGAUGAUCUUAUGCUUGUUCGUACUGUUCUACACAUAAACAUGUCUAUUUGUUUGUUAAUCUCUCAAUUUAUCUACCUGUUCGGCAUCGAAUUAUCUCCAUAUCGAUUCGACUGUCGAAUCUUGGUUAUUCUCUAUCAUUAUUGCCUUUUGGCAACCUUGUCAUGGAUGUUUGUCGACGAUAUCGAACUGAUCAUUGCAUUGAAACACGCAUUCAAAAUCGAUCGCAUUCGCAUCGUUGCGUAUGCAUUCUAUUCGUAUGGUUUUCCAUUGUUAAUUGUUAUUCUUUCGAUUUCUCUGUCAAAUCAUGGACAUGUUUCGAACAAAAAUUGCUGGUUUUCUUAUCAAAAUGCAUUUGUCUGGGCCUUUGCAAUUCCACUUGUUCUUUUAAUACUCGCGAACAUCUGCUUUUUUACAAUAUCGAUUUAUAUCAUCUGCAAACAUUUGACAAGUUCGUUCAACUCUUCCCAAGCAAUUCGAUUUUCUUUGCGAAAUAUAACAACAUUAUCAAUCCUAUUUGGUUUAACAUGGCUAAUCGAUUUAUUUCACAUACAUGAACAAAUUUUGCCGAUUUUCUCCUAUAUAUUCACUGUAUUAAAUACAUUUCAAGGCUUAUUCAUAUUUAUUUUCUAUUGUUUGCUUCAAAAACAAAUUCAACACUUUUAUCUUCAUCAACUCUCAAUUCUUUACAAGAAAUCAGCCAAUAUCAAAGAAGAAAAACCUACGCAGCAUUAUAAUGCUAGUAGUAGCGGUUAUAGUUCAGCUCAAUCGUCUGAAAUCAAUAAACAAAUUCUUGCUCCGGACCAUUCAACAACAUUUUGCCUCAAUACGGAAUAUCUUUCGACUAUGCCCAACGGAUUACUAAGCACAUUUCGUUAUCCAACAUCAAAUAUCACCUUACCCGUCACAACGCCCGAGCAAAAUGAACAAUUGUUAAAGAGACACAAGAUCGAUUCGCAUCAGGACGAUCAUCAGUAUUACGAAAUCGGCUAA